AGGGAAGAGAAGAGAGUCAGACACUCAGUGAGGCAGAAACUUGGAAGCUGCUGAACUUGAUCCUGAAGUCUGCCUCCUCCCUGACAGCACCAUGAAGGUCUCUGGAGUUGUUCUGUCCCUGGUCCUCAUCAUUGCUGCCCUCUGCUGUCAGGUUCAUGCUUCACCCGAUGGUCCUAGCACCCCAACUACCUGCUGCUUCGAAUUCACCACUAGGAAGAUCCCUUUAAAGUUGGUAGUGAGCUAUGAGAUCACCAGCAGCAGGUGUGCCAAGGAAGCUGUGAUCUUUGUGACCAGACGUGGCUUCCAGAUCUGCACUAACCCCAAGGAACAAUGGGUCCAGGACAUCAGAAACCACCUGGACAAAAAGAAUGCCAAGACCCAGAGUCCAUGAAGCCUUCGAAUACUUCCUCCUGCCCAUAACAGGGCUGAAGAAUAAUUUAUUUUCCUCCCACCUUCCAAAGCUGCUCUUUGCAACAUUUUAUUAUAAUUUAAAUAUGUUUAGUCUUACUUAAAUUAUUAAUGUUUAACUUCAUGUGACAAAUAUUUGUGUCUUUAUUUGGUAUAUGUAUAUAUGUAUAUGUGUAUGUAUACACCCAAUGUGUUGAUAAAAAUGAUCUUAUGGGAAACAAUGCUACACUAUGA